GAUGCAUUCACAAACAUACUGAUCACUCUAGCGCAUACAAGCCAAAAGCAGCAUCAGCCGCGAUUAUGAAGGUGUUCGUGGUUCUAGCUAUUGCAGUUCUGUCUGGCUGUAACGCCAACCUCUUUUACGCCGAUGAACCAAAGCCACAGCUGGAGGUGCUGACAGAUGCUUUCUGGGACUACAUCGCCACAGCCACCCAGACGGCUGAUAACACCCUCCAGAUGGUCAGGAAAUCACAGUUUGGACAGGAAGUCAACGCCCAUCUGGCAGAGAGUGCCAACGUUGCCAGUAAAUAUGCCGUCACCCUCCAGGAAAGAAUCCCCCCUGUAGCUCAGGACCUGAUGAAGAAGAUCUCCCAAGAGGCCGACGUGCUCAGAAACAUGCUGACCCAGGAGAUGAGCUCCGUCAAGGACAGGCUGGAACCCUACACCGAGAACAUGAAGGCCAAGAUCCAGAUGGGUGUGGAUCAGCUGAAACAGGAGCUGGCCCCUUACGCUGACACCCUGGACUCUGAGUCCCUGAGGUCCACCCUGACCCAGAAGAGCGAGGAGCUGAAGGCCAGCCUUGAGCAGAACGUUCAGGAGCUGCAGGCUCAGCUCGGGCCCUACACUGAUGACCUGAAACAGAAGGUGGACGAGCACCUGCAGACCUUCCAGAGAAGCGUGGUCCCAUUGACUGAGAAGGUGCAGAUUGAGCUGACACAGAGAGCAGACCUGGUCAAACAGAUGGUGGCCCCCUAUGCUGAGGACUUGAAGGAAAGGCUGGACCCAUAUACCCAGGACCUGCAGGACCAGCUCAUGACCUUGUACCAGUCCAUGGUUGAUGCCAAUUAAGUCCACCUUCACCCUGGUGCUCCAUCAAGAUGCCAGCCAUGUUUGGUCUACCUCUGUUUGAAGCAUGAAAGAUAAUUUAAAUAUUUGAAAUGUACUGUAAAGCAAAUUACACUGGGUUUGUGCCCACAACAUGAUAUUUAUUGCAAGCCUAUGCGCUUGACAUGUAUAUACUCUAAGUUUUUAUUGUUUGUGUUAAAGUUGGAAAGUAAAAAUUUUUGUGGUGUCUGUAGUUCAUCAAAAAUAAAUGAAU